UUGUUUACAAGUUGAUACUCCGUGACUUUGUGAGAUAAACGCACAUGUUAGGUUAUUGUGAUUAAAAAUAGGAACUUAGUUCAAUUAAAAAAAUUUAACUAUCAUGGAAGUAGUUAGUGUUGACUUGAUGUACGCUUCAUGUGCCUGCAACAGAAAUCCACAUUGUUUAGACUGGGGAAACAAUAACAUAAUAUGUUACGGCGCACGCAACGCCGUAGCCUUUUAUGAUACCAAGUUUGCAGGCGGGUGCAAGCUGGUCCAGAUGCCGUGCGGCCACGAGGGCGCGGUGAACGCCGUGCGCUGGGCACGGCUCCAGGACGGCUCCCCGGGGCGAGAGCUGGUGUCGGCCUCGGCUGAUGGCACGGCGGUCAUCUGGACGGAGGGCGACGCGGGCCGGUUCGCCCCCUCGGCCGUGCUGCGCGGCCACCGGCAGUCCGUGCUGCUGGCGGACGCCGUGUACCGGCCGGGCGACGCACAGCUGGUCGUGGUCACGGCCUCCGUGGACGGCUGCCUGAAGGUGUGGCGCAGGCUUGUCGCAGGCGAGGUGUGCUGCACCCAGACGCUGCCUCUGGACCCGGGCGUGUGCCUGUCGCUGCGCCUGGGCCGCCUGCCCGGGCCGGGGGCUCCCCCCCUCCUCCUGGCCUUCGGCACGGACGACGGCAGGAUCCACCUGCUGGCGGAGAGCGGGCGCGGCGCGGAGCGGGAGUUCGUGCCGGCGGGCUGCCUGGCGGGCCACGAGGACUGGGUGCGGGCCCUGGACUUCGCUGCCGACGAUGCCGGAGACCUGAUGCUGGCGAGCGCGGCUCAGGACAAAAUGAUCCGCCUGUGGCGUAUUUCCCUGCGCCGGGCCCACGGAGCCAGCGGGGCAGCGAAGCCAAACGUCCUGCAGACAGAAGAGAAGCAGUUCAGUGUUCUGGUCGACGACGAGGAACAGUUUUUCGCCUACUCCCUCGAAGCCGUGCUCUCCGGACACGACGGCUGGGUGUACGGCGUCACCUGGUUCCCGCCGGUACAUUCAGGUGGGGGCUCGGGAGAGAGGCGCGGCUUGCAGCUGCUGUCCUCGUCGCUGGACAAGACCAUGAUCCUGUGGGAGGCCCACGGCCAGUCGGGGGUGUGGCUGGAGACGGCCCGGCUGGGCGAGGUGGGGGGCAACACCCUGGGCUUCUACGGCUGCCAGGUGUCCCCGGACGGGCGCAGCGUCGUCGCGCACGGCUACCAGGGCUCCCUGCACAUGUGGCACAGAGCAGAGGGCGGGGCCUCCUGGGUGCCGGGGGUGGUGGUGGGGGGCCACUUCGGCGCGGUGGUCGACCUGUGCUGGGAGCCGGGGGGCCAGUUCCUGCUGAGCGCGGGCGCCGACCAGACCACGCGGCUGCACGCUCCGUGGCUCCGCGCCGAUGGCGAGGCGACGUGGCACGAGCUGGCGCGGCCCCAGGUGCACGGCUACGACAUGGCGUGCCUGGCCGUGCUGUCGCGCUACAGGUUCGCGUCGGGCGCCGAGGAGAAGGUGGUCCGUGCCUUCCGGGCGCCCCGCACCUUCGUGCGCAGCUUCCAGCGCGUGUGCGGCGUGGACGACGCGGCAGCAGCGUCGGAGGCAGCCCUGCCGCAAGGGGCGUCGGUGCCGGCCCUGGGGCUGUCCAACAAGGCGGUGUACGAGAGCCGGGAGCCGCCCCCCGCUGACAGGCACGUGAAGGACGAGUUCCCCGAGGCCAGCUUCGUCCCGGCGGAGCUGACAGAGCCGCCCACGGAGGAGGACCUGGUGCAGAACACGCUGUGGCCGGAGGUGCAGAAGCUGUACGGGCACGGCUACGAGCUGUACGCACUGGCCGCGCGAGCAGACGGCCGGCUGCUGGCCUCCGCCUGCCGUGCCACCUCGCCCCAGCACGCCGCCGUGCUGCUCUGGGACACGGACAGCUGGCAGUGCACGGACCGGCUGGAGUCCCACCAGCUGACGGUGACGCAGCUCGCCUUCUCCCCGGACGGGGACCACCUUCUGGCCGUGUCUCGCGACCGCCGCUGGAGCCUGUUUCGCCGGCAGCCCCCAGGCGACCGGUACCGGCUGCAGGCGGCCACGGACAAGCAGACGUGCCUGCACACGCGCAUCGUCUGGUGCUGCUCCUGGGCGCCUGACUCGCGCUACUUCGCCACCGGCUCGCGAGACGGCACGGUGGCCGUCUGGCCGUGCCAGCAGGGUCCGGGCGCCGUGGCUCCGAGGGGCCCGCCCCUGGUGGAGCGGAACCAGUCGGUGACGGCGGUGGCGAUGUGGCUGCACGCCGGCAGCUACCUGCUGGCCGUGGGGCUGGACUGCGGGGAGGUGUCCCUGUACCGCUGGCUCGAGGGCGCGGGGCACUGCCGCCUGCUGCACCUCGGCAGCAACACCGCGCACCACAUGACUGUCAGGAGGCUGGCGUUCCGGCCGGCCGUGGGCGCCACCAGCGACACGAGAGAGGACGGCGCCGCCGGCUCCACCCUGCAGCUGGCCAGCGGUGGUGCCGACAAUGCCGUCAAGAUACACUCCAUACGUGUGACCACCUAACCUACUCUCGUCAAUUAUACAUCAUUUUGUAUACAUAUCACAGCACUGAUUUUCUGUAACCUUACCCUGAGUCGCUCUUCAAAUGUCGGCUUUCCCCUUGAACCAGGGGGGAAACCGACAAUUUUCCCACACCCUUUCCAAGAGUCGCGGCAAUAGUGCACCACGUGUGAAUGACAUUAAAAACCAACUAUCUUUGCCGAA